ACACGUAUGAUGUUCAUCAUACGCAGUGUCAUUCGUCAAGUUGUGCAAGAGUUAUCAUGUCAAGUAUUGGUUCGGCUUGAUUGGUGAACAGAUUAAAAGUGCAGUUUCUUUGUGCGCUUGUUGUUGUUGGCUAUAGAUUAAGUGGGGUUUUUCCGUUAUUAUCGCUGUUGUUUGUGCUCAAUAUUAAAUGAAUGCUGAUAAAUUUGUUUAAUUUGUAAUUGAUCUGGAAAGCGUUGUGUGCAAAAAAAAAAAAAUAAGAAUAAUAAUGAUAAAAAAUAUAUAAUUUUAACUCAGGAGUUGUGCAGCAGCGUCUGUCAGUAGCAGACCAAGUCGGUUAUAAUAUUCUCAAAACGCUUAAUAUAUAAAAAAUCCACAAAAAAAAUAGACUAAAAAUGAAAAGCAUCGUUUGGUUGAUUUAUGUGAGCAGCAUAGUCAUCAUGCGAAUCCAAGCUGAGGAACAUUCAGCGAUGUGUUCUUUUUGUGUGGACCCCGCUACACCAAAAUGUGACACAGACAAUACAAAGCUGGACAGACAAAUCGAUUGCAAUGAGCAAGCAUGUGUUCUAGCUAUGGAGAAAGAAACAGAUUACGUAUGUAUUUUGGAGGGUAAAAACAAACAGAGUUCUCAACUAGAAGCCGGAGUUAUAGAAGAGCAAUCGCAAGCAACCGUACUACCUGUGCCAUUAGCUUUACAAAUGGUGACAACUGAGACAACUGAGGGUGUGCCAGAUACAACGAAAGAGGUUGACCAUCCCGCAGAUAUUGGUGACAAUGGUAAUGCAGGAGCAGAGGAUAAUGUACAAGUUGAGGAGCAGCAUGCAGCUGUCGAGCCAAUCAAAGCUCAAGAAGAAAAUAGUGAUGCCAAUGACAAAUCCUCGGAAAAAGUGAAAGAACCGCAGCCAGUUGAAACUGAACACAAUGAAGAUCAGGAGACUGCGGCUGGUGUAGAGCAAAUAACGAAUGUCGAUGGUAAUGAUGGUGAAGAUGUGGCUGACGUGCAACCAAUGGAACAAGAAACAGCAGCAGAGCCGGAAAAUGAAGGACCAUCACCGGAUUAUCCUGCUGAUGCACCAGCCAUAAAUGAGGGUGAAACAAAUGCAGAAGUUCAGAGCCCCACUGCGACUGCUGAAAAGCCGGAAGACUCGGAGCAAACAUUACCGCAGGAAACAAAUGAUAUUAUUGAAGCUGUUGAUGAGGGUGAUGUGAAUAAGGACACGGAUACGAAUAAAGACGAAGUAUCGGUAAACAAUUAUGACGAACAAAAUGCCAUGAAUGGUGGUACAACUGCUGUGGUGGAACACGGUGACGGUCCAGAGUCGAAUACGGGUGAGCCCGAAAAACCCGAAGUCGACAACGCUGAAACACAGGGCGUUGAAGCCAGUGAUGCAGCAAAUGCUCCACCAACUGUUAUGGUGGACAACAUUUCGCCGCCAGUGAAUGCGAAUCAACUCUUGAGCUGCUACUCCUGCAGCAGCACUACGGAUGCAAAGUGUGCGCCGGGUCCUGGUAGAGCGAUGAACUGUCAACCAAUCGAAAACAAACAGAAUGGUUGCUACACGCUGUACAAGGCUGACACAAAUGUCACCACACGCGGCUGCAUUUCUGAACUCACCAACGAAGGCCUCAAAUACUGCAAGGCCAACUCAAAACAAUGCAUUUUGUGCUAUGAGAAGGCUUGCAACAACCUCUUGGCGCCUUCGGCUGCUAUCCAAAACACUUCACAGUUAAGCCUUUGGUUGGGGCUGGCAAGUUUUAUGUUGGCAACAUUUAUGCUUUAAGCUAAAUAAUGAUAGAAAAACGUGUUUGCAAAAUUUUAAUGAAUUUAAGCUCUAUGUAUAUACAUUUUAAUUACUUUUUACGCAAAGUGUGUAAAUCCAAUGUGAAAUAAAUAAAAAAUUUUUUU